UCAGCGCUUGAGGCUGAAGCCUGAAGUCGCUCCGCUCCGCUCCGCUCUGCUCUGCUCCCGUUCAUCCACCCAGCAGCGCUGUACGGAUUCCCGUUCAGAAGUUACCUGGAAGCGCAUCUUCUUUUCAGGCGGAAGGGUCACUGCCUCCGGCUCAUGUCGGCUCAGAGGGGGAAAUGCUGUUGUCUUCUUGGGACUGGUAGUGCGGUUUCAUCAGUUCGGCUAGGAAUGCCUGCGUAAAGGGCUGGGAAUUUAUAUCACCCUCUCGUAGCGCUCGUCCUUUUGCUGCCUAGCCCAGCGCUUUGCUAAGCGGCCUAAACGUACAAAAUGUCGACCAGAACGCCAUUGCCAACUGUUAAUGAGCGCGACACGGAGAAUCAUACAUCAGUGGACGGCUAUGUGGAACCCCCAGCACCUCCGGCAAAAUCGGCCAGUCGACAGAGUCUCCUACGAUGUCGGAACUCUGUGGCAUCGAUCACAGACGAACAGCCUCAUGUUGGCAACUACAGAUUACUGAAGACGAUUGGGAAGGGCAACUUUGCCAAAGUAAAGCUUGCACGCCAUGUUUUAACAGGUCGUGAGGUUGCUGUAAAGAUUAUUGAUAAGACGCAGUUAAACCCCACUAGUUUACAAAAGCUUUUUCGUGAAGUACGGAUUAUGAAGAUUUUGAAUCAUCCUAAUAUAGUUAAGUUAUUUGAAGUCAUUGAAACAGAGAAGACACUUUAUUUGAUAAUGGAGUAUGCCAGUGGAGGUGAAGUAUUUGACUACUUAGUUGCACAUGGAAGAAUGAAGGAGAAGGAAGCCAGGGCCAAGUUUCGACAGAUUGUGUCUGCAGUGCAAUAUUGCCAUCAAAAAAGGAUAGUCCACAGGGAUCUCAAGGCAGAGAAUUUGCUCCUGGAUGCCGAUAUGAACAUAAAGAUUGCAGACUUUGGCUUCAGUAAUGAAUUCACCAUCGGGAGCAAGUUGGACACAUUCUGCGGCAGCCCUCCUUAUGCAGCUCCCGAGCUCUUUCAGGGUAAGAAGUAUGAUGGCCCUGAAGUGGACGUCUGGAGCCUGGGUGUCAUUCUCUACACGCUGGUCAGUGGGUCGCUGCCCUUUGAUGGACAGAAUUUAAAGGAGCUUAGAGAGCGAGUGCUGAGAGGGAAGUACCGCAUCCCAUUCUAUAUGUCAACAGACUGUGAAAAUCUACUGAAGAAACUGCUGGUGCUAAACCCUGGCAAACGUGGCAGUCUAGAGCAAAUCAUGAAAGAUCACUGGAUGAAUGUCGGCCAUGAGGAGGAGGAGCUCAAACCCUACACAGAGCCUGAGCCAGACUUCAGUGACACCAAACGAAUAGACCUGAUGAUCACAAUGGGUUUCCCCAAAGAUGAGAUCACUGAUUCUUUAGUGGGUCAGAAGUAUGAUGAUGUCAUGGCUACUUACUUACUUUUAGGCAGAAAACCUCCUGAGUUUGAAGGGAGCGAGUCGCUGUCCAGUACAAACCUGUGUCAGAGGCCACGACCCAGCAGUGAUCUGAACAACAGCUCCUCGCAGUCUCCAGCUCACUCCAAAGUUCAGCGCAGUAUUUCCGCCACACAGAAACAGCGCCGCUAUAGUGACCAUGUUGCCCCCUCCAUCCCACCAGCUAUGUCCUACACAAAACGUGUGCAGGCCAACAGUGUGGAGGUUGAGAAGAAGGAGGAGUGGGAGGCAGCACGCAAGCUCCCCGCCUCCAGCUCAAAAGGAGAUAUGGCCGUGUCGCCACUGACCGCACAGGAACGUAGGAAGUCCUCUACAGCCUCAGGGAAUAAUGCAGCUGGAGGAAUGACCCGGAGGAAUACAUAUGUGUGUGAACGCUCCAGUACAGAUCGCUAUUCAGCUAUCCCCAAUGGCAAGGAUAGCAGUCUGACAGAGGUGUCUGCAUCUGGGAGUGGCUCCUCUGUGUCUCCAGGAGCUUCGUCAGCACUGGCUUCAGCAAGGCCGCGUCAUGUGAAAUCUAUGUCCGCCUCAGGCCACCCUACCAAGUCUCCGCUGCCUCCCAUUGAGGAUAACACUGAAUUCAAGGGCUCUAGCACUAGUGCCCGGGCUCCUGCUGCGUCUCCAUCGGCCCACAGUAUCAGCAGCACGACCCCUGACCGGACACGUUUCCCUCGAGGCAGUUCUAGCCGCAGCACUUUCCAUGGAGCUCAGCUUCGAGACCGGCGCAGCGCCACCUACAAUGGCCCACCAGCCUCACCAACGCUCUCCCAUGACACAGGGGCUCUGGCCCAGGCUCACAGGGGAACCUCCACUGGAAUCAUCAGCAAGAUUACAUCCAAGUUUGUGCGUAGAACUCUGUCUUUCAGGGCCUCGCGGAGGCUUCCCAGUGAAGGAGAGGCCAGGGGCAGAGCAUACAGCUUGAGGAGCGGCUCCGGGGAGCCUAAAGAGGAAAGCCGGGACUCCAAGCCACGAUCGCUGCGCUUCACGUGGAGCAUGAAGACCACAUCGGCCAUGGAGCCUGGAGAUAUGAUGCGGGAGAUCCGUAAGGUGCUGGACGCCAACAACUGUGACUAUGAACAGCGUGAGCGCUUCCUGCUCUUCUGCGUGCACGGUGAUGCCCGACAGGAUAGUCUCGUCCAGUGGGAGAUGGAAGUAUGCAAGUUGCCCCGUCUCUCUCUCAAUGGCGUGCGUUUCAAGCGUAUCUCGGGCACCUCCAUUGCCUUCAAGAACAUUGCAUCCAAAGUCGCCAACGAGCUGAAGCUGUGAUUGGGCUUUAAGAUUGAAAACAAGGGAGCGAAUGCACUGAGAACUGUGCAAAAUGACCCAGAUCAAUGUGCUAUGGUGAUGUCUACAUUCACUAUGCGGUUGGACGCCAUUUUGAGUUUAUGCUUUCUGAGGCUACUGCUGUAUUGUUUGGCCAGUGGAGAAAAAAAAGAUUUUAAAAGAUUACCCUCCCUCAUAUCCAGUCUGACCCUGCUCUCAAGUCCUGCAUAUACACAAGGUUAGGAUAGCCAUCUUUGCAAUAAUAUGAAAACCCUUUCAGGGUCAGCAGAUUGGAGUUUCUUUGGCGGAAUUACCACUGUAGGGUAAUACAGAGACUUUAGACGCUACUUUUUCCACAUGUACAGUUAAGAUACAGAAUGUUUUGUUGAAUUGUUCAUAGAGGUGUAUAAAACAAGACUCUUUCAGCCUAAGUAUGUGAAGGUAUUGUAUAGUCUUGAUUUCUGUACAGAAAACCUGUUAAAUGUGUCUUACUGUAAUGUUUUUGUUUAGCUUUUUGGUCUUCUUGUAUGGUUUUAGAUUCGUUGACUUCACCAUGUGACAUUUUAAUUUAAUUUUUUUUUAAUAUCAGAGAUUUGUCAGGUUACUGAAUAACAGUGUUUCAUUAAACAAGCUGUGCACAUUCCAAAGGCAAAUCAAUUUAGCUCACAACUAACUUAAUAUUUUUUCUUUCUUUCCGCCAAGAAAAGACAUGUGACUGAACUGUGAUGUUAGUUAUCAAGUGUGGCACUUACUGUCAUUCAGUCUAUGCUAAAAAGGGUUAUAUUAUGACAUUAGAAGUUGAGGAUAACGCUAUAUGCUGUAGUAGACAUACUGAAAUGAGAAAAGUAAUAGACCAAGGUUUGGCAAAAGAACCUCCAAGAUAUUUAUCCCAGCAGUUAAUUUGACCAUUUUGACUUGAUUUCAUCUUGUUCUCUCUGCAGACUAUAUUUAUUUCACCAUUUUAUGCCUUUAAUGUGCUGCUUUAUCUUCCUCAGAAUGUCAUGCAUAUGUGAAGGAAGUAAGAUGUAACUUUUGUUUUUGAAAAUGUACUUUAAUUUUGUAGUGAGUGAUGGUGAAAAUGAUGACAUGUAAGACCACUUGUGCUGGAGCAUUUCUACUUAUUCUUUUGUACUGAGAUAAAGAGGGUUCAAUGUGCAAUGCUUUUCAUGUUGUAUUACUGUAAUACUGAUAGAAAAAAAGGUCCCCGACUGCACAUUUUUUAAGGGAACGUUAUGGACAGAUUUUUAGUUUCCUUUUUUUGAAGCGGUUUAAGCUGUGAUCAGACACUUGGAAGCAUUGUAUCCCAUAUUGUAGCGGUACAUUUCCCGAGCAGAUGCUUGAUUAUGCUGCCUUAGUGAUGGAACUGCUUGAGUGGUGUGAAAAAGGCAGAAGAAUUUUACUUAAAAUGCAAAUAACCUUCCUGUGCCCAACAACUCUUAUCCAGUCAUUUCACCCUCAUGCCCCCAUAACCCUUUUUCUCAACACAUUUCUCAGAAAAGUCUGAUUAGGUCAUCAAGAUUUGGUCUCACUGGUGCACAUUAAAGCUUACUUGAAAGGAGUUUUUGAGCCAAAA